CUAUUUUAAAUAAUAAAGUCUAAAUGGGACCGUAUCUAAGCCAACCAAAAACAGAGAAGACUACAGUUACAGGCUAAAAUUAGGUAUUCCAAUAUGCUGCCACUCACAUGCAAGGUAUGAAGCGUGAUCAACUUAGGAUGGAGAAAUACGAUGGAGGAUGCCCACAUUUCAGAUAUGAACAUAGAGCCAGAUGUGCAUUUGUUUGCUGUUUUCGAUGGUCACGGUGGAAGUGAAGUAGCAAUAUUUGCAGAGAGACAUUUCAAAGAAGAAUUGAUGAAGAAUAAAAACUAUCAAUAAAAGAAUUAUGAGAAGGCUUUGACAGAGACAUUUUUCAAAAUUGACAAAAUGUUAUAAGAGCCAAGUGGUUAGGAUGAGUUGAAUAAAAUAAGAGGAGUAAAUGAUGAAAGUAAUGUAUUCCCAAAUUUCUAGCAUCUUUGGCUGGAUGCACUGCUAAUGUUGCUUUGAUUGUUGGCAAAACUUUGUAUGUUGCCAAUGCAGGAGAUUCAAGGUCAUUUUUAAAUAGAGAUGGAAAACCAUUUGACAUGAGUAAAGAUCACAAGCCAGAUGACGAUUAAGAGAAAAAGAGAAUUGAGAGGGCUGGAGGUUUCGUUUCCGAUGGUCGUGCUAAUGGUUUGAAUAUACAACAAUAUUUAAGGAAACCUUUCAUUAUCAAGGGCUUUGGGAGAUUUGGAAUACAAAAAAGAUAGCAGAUUUAAACCUGAAGAAUAGAUUAUCAGUGCUUUACCUGAUGUUAAAGUAACACAAUUGACUGCCGCUGAUAAGUAAGCAAUAUCUAUUCAUCUAUUACCAGGUUCUUAUUAAUGGGAUGUGAUGGAGUGUUUGAAACAUGGGAUCAUCAAUAAAUACUUAAUUUUAUUAAUUAGGAGUUGAAAUCUAGUCAAAAUCUGUCGAAGGCUACUGAAAAAUUGCUUGAUUAAUUGUUGGCUAAAGAUACCUCAUGUAAAUAUUAAACACUAUUUUCUAGUGGGUACUGGCUGUGAUAAUAUGACUUGCAUUUUGGUUCUGUUUAAAUGAUGAAUCAAUUGAGUAUCAAAACAUAUAAAAUAAAAUAUAAUUAUUUUA